AUGGUCCCGAAAGAAGACCAUCAGUACAUUGGGAUUAUCCAACUGCUUCACCAUUUCAAGUGGACAUGGAUUGGGAUCUUUGCUGUUGAUAACAACAAUGGAGAAAACUUCUUACGGAAAAUGCAGCCCUUACUUUCAGAGAAUGGAAUCUGUUCAGCGUUCAUGCAAAGGCUUCCACAACUAAUCCAUUUGGAAGCCUACACAGAAUUUUACCACAUGGUCUCAAGAAUUUUCACUAAUAUGAUGAACAGCAAAGCCAAUGCAUUUCUCGUCUAUGGAGAAUCCUGGGCAAUUCUGUGGCUACGAUUUGUCACAUUUAUCGUAGAUCCUGAAAGGACGGAAACUGCAUUGUUUACAAAGGUGUGGAUUAUGACUGCACAGAUUGAUUUCACAUUAUCUGGAUUUCAAGUCAGUUGGGAUCUCCAGAUUUUCCAUGGGGCUCUUUCCUUCACUGUUCACUCAACAGCAGUUGUAGGUUUCAAAGAAUUUAUUCAGUCUAUCAACCCUCUUUCAGUCUCCAGAGAUGGGUUUCUUCAGGAUGUUUGGGAACAGUUGUUUGAUUGUUCAUUUCCAAAACCAGAAUUACAAGAAAUGCAUAGUAAGACAUGCACUGGGCAGAAGAAGUUAGAAGAUGUUCCCGCCCCUUUGUUUGAAAUAGAAAUGACUGGCCAGAGCUACAGUGUCUACAACGCUGUUUAUGCUGUGGCUCAUGCUUUGCAGGCUCUAUUCAUGUCGGGAUUCAAUAAGAAAAAAACUAUGAUGGGUAAAAAAACUGAUCACCCAGAUCUCCAGGCUUGUCAGCUCCAUUCAUUUCUUCAAGGCAUUUCUUUCAACAAUUCAGCUGGGGAGAGAGUAUUCCUGAAUGAGAAAGGGGAAGCAACAGGUGGCUUCGACAUCAUCAACUUGAUCACUUUUCCAAACAGAUCCUUUCAGAGAGUUAGAGUUGGAAAGAUGGAUCUACAGACUCCAAAAGGGAAAGAAUUAUUCAUUGAUGAAGAUAUGAUUAUCUGGCACCCAGCUUUUAACCAGGUUCUUCCACUUUCUCGAUGCAAUGACCCUUGUUUCCCUGGAUCCUGGAAGAAAGGGAUUGAGGGGGAUCAGUUCUGCUGCUAUAAUUGUGUUCCAUGCCCAGCAGGAAAGAUUUCAGAUCAAAAUGAAAUGGAUGACUGUUUUGAAUGUUCAGAAGAUCAUUAUCCAAAUAAAGAAAAGAAAGGAUGUAUCCUGAAACUUCUGGUCUUUCUAACUUUUGAAGAAACCUUAGGAAUUGGUUUAGCCUCAGCAGCUCUUGGUUUCAUCUUCCUGACAUCUUGGGUACUUGGAACUUUUAUUAAGCAUAGAGAUACUCCCAUUGUCAAAGCCAACAACCGGUUCCUCACCUACACCCUGCUUGUCUCUCUUCAGCUCUGUUUUCUCUCCUCUUUACUCUUUCUCAGCCAACCUGGCAAAGUAAUCUGCCUUUUUCAACAAUCAAUGUUUGGUGUCACUUUCUCCAUGGCCAUUUCUAGUGUAUUGGCCAAAACCAUCACUGUGGUUGUGGCUUUCAUGGCCACGAAACCGGGAUCUCAGAUGAGGAGAUGGGUGGGGAGAAGAUUGGCUCUUUCUACUGUCCUUUCCUGUUCUCUCUUCCAAGUAUGUAUUUGUAUUCUUUGGUUGUUGACAUUUCCCCCAUUCCCUGAGUUAGAUACACACUCAGAGCUCCAAGAAAUGAUUUUACAGUGCAAUGAGGGGUCAUCUUUCUUCUUCUACUGUGUCUUGGGCUACAUGGGUAUCUUGGCCAUUGCCAGCUUUAUUGUGGCUUUUCUAGCCCGUAAAUUACCUGACAGCUUUAAUGAAGCCAAGUUCAUCACCUUCAGCAUGUUGGCCUUUUGCAGUGUGUGGAUCUCUUUUUUCCCAUCCUAUCUGAGCACAAAAGGCAAAGCCAUGGUAGCUGUGGAGGUCUUCUCCAUAUUGUCCUCCAGUGCUGCAUUACUGGGAUGCAUAUUUUUGCCAAAGUGCUACAUCAUUGUUUUACGGCCUGAGCUAAACCACAGGGAGCAACUCAUAAAGAGAAAUUAA